AUGCCCUUCGGCAUAGGCCCUGGAGGGAUCCAAAAGGUCCUGGUCAACCAGCACCUCUUGGUGCCCCUGAACCUGGAGAUUGAGCCCAACGUGCAGCACCAGGACAAGGACCAGAUUAAACCCUUCAACAACUAAUUUGCCUCCUUCAUCAACAAGAUGCAGUUCCUGGAGCAACAAAACAAAGUUCUGGAGACCAAAUGGAGCCCCUUGAAAGGCCAGAAAAUUGUGCAGAAUAACCUGGAGCCCAUGUUUGAGUUGUACAUCAGCAACACGAGGCAGCGGCUGAAGGCUCUGGGAGGGGAGAGGCUACAGCUCAGCUCCGAGCUCAAGGCCAUGCAGGACGUGGUGGAGGACUUCAAGAUCAGGUACGAGGAGGAGAUCAGCAAGCGCACAACAGCAGAGAACAACUUUGUCAUGUUCAAGAAGGAUGUGGAUGCUGCCUGCGUGAACAAGGUGGAUCGCAGGACCAAGGUGGAUGCCCAGACAGAUGAGAUAAACUUCCUGCGGGCCCUCCACGAAGCACAGCUCUCCCAGAUGCAGACCCAGACCUCUGACACCUCGGUGAUGCUGUCCAUGGGCAACAGCCAGAACCUGGACCUGGACAGCAUCAUCGCCCAGGUCAAGGCACACCGUGAGGACAUCUCCAGCUGGAGCUGUGCUGAGGCUGUCUGGUACCAGAGCAAGUACGAGGAGCUGCAGCUCUUGGCUGGCUGGCACGGGGAUCACCUGCAGAACACCAGGGUGGGGAUCUCAGAGAUGAACCACCUGGCCCAGCGGCUCCACUCAGACAUGGAUAGUGUGAAGGUGCAGGUGGCCGGGCUGCAGAUGGCCAUUGCUGAGGCAGAGCAGCGCGGGGACAUCGCCCUCAAGGGUGCCAGGGCCAAGCUGGAGGAGCUGGAGGCCGCUCUGCAGAAAGCCAAGGCUGACCUGGCCCGGCAGCUGGAGUACCAGGAGCUCAUGAACACCAAGCUGGCCCUGGACAUCGAGAUCGUGACCUACAGGAAGCUGCUGCAGGGCGAGGAGAGCAGGCUGUCUGGAGAAGGUGUUGGUGCUGUGAAUAUUUUCGUGGUCUUCUCUGGGAGCAGCUACAGAGGUGGGAACAUACUGGGGCUGGGAGCAGGUUUCAACAGCAGGUUUGGAAUGGGGGGAUUCGGCUCCGGAGCAGGAAGCAGCUCCAGCAGUGCUGAGCUUGGGGACGCUGUCACGGAUGCAAAGAACAAAGUCUCCGAGCUGGAAAUGGCUCUGGAAAAGGCCGAGGCUGGCCUGGCCCUGCAGCUCCGUGAGCUCCAGGAGCUAAAGCUGGCCCUGAACGUGGAGAUUGUCACCUCCAGGGAGCUGCUGGAGGGCAAGGGGAGCAGGAGGGGGACAGGACUCCAGGACUCCCCAACUACUUCAGUUCUAUGUGCUGGGAGGGAAAACUCCUGGACAAAGUGA